ACGUAAUCGCUGCUUUCCUUUUCUGCAAUGUUGGCGCCGGAAUAUACUUUCAGUUUCGACGGAAUCAGGUUCAUGAGAAAGCCGUUGUAAUGUUGCAUGCCACUGCAAUCGUCGUACGGCUGUGAGGUAGCAUGAUUAUUUUAGUUUUCAUGACAUAAUUUCUGCUGAAUAAGAUCACACAUUCGCACAUUCUACAUAAACGUUUUCCACCACGGACAUCACGUGGGUAUUGCUGUCAGAGAUUUCUUUAAAUACAGCACUCAACACUAUCAAGUUGUAUUCCGUUGGUACUCCUUGGACUAGUAAACGACUUAUGACAUUUGUUGUUGUUGUUGCUGUGAUACGAAACUUUGGUGCAUGCAAAUCAGGUAGUGUCUUGCAAUAAGAAUGGAGUUCCCUUUCAGCGUAAAUGAGAUACUUCCAAAUCAAAUAACGAAAAUCAGGAGCAGUCUGCUACCCGAAGGAUUUGUCGGAGAUCGUCGCGGUUCGCAGAAUUGUGUUGAUAAAGUGUCAGAAAUACUUGAUGAAAUGGGCAAGGCAUCUGCAAAAGCUCAAGGUCUACAGAGAGCUGUAACAAGUGGAGAGAAAAUGAGGAAUGUUGAUUACACAGUUUAUAUUUUUGUUGAUCCUGAAGGAAAUAAUGGGAAAGGUACAGUUAUUGGCCUGCUUAAAGUGGGACGGAAGAAACUGUUUGUGUUUGAUGCAUCUGGAGCCCAUAAAGAAGUGGAGCCUCUUUGUAUACUAGACUUUUACAUCCAUGAGUCAAAGCAACGUAUGGGAAUGGGAAAAAUAUUGUAUGAGUAUAUGCUGCAGGAGGAGAGUGUCUUGCCCAUUCAUUUGGCAAUUGACAGACCAUCAGAGAAGUUCAUGAAUUUCCUUCUAAAACAUUAUGGUCUGAGGAAUAUUCUACCACAAAAUAAUAAUUUUGUUGUGUAUGAUGGAUUCUUUGAAAACAAUCCAGAUGUUAUUCACAUGUCAGGAAAAGGACAUCUUCAAGACAAUAAGUCUGUAGCAGGCAUGAACGCCACUCGGGUAAUAGAGGCAGCAGGAAGUGCUAACUCAUCGCCUCAUUUUGGUAGAUAUGCUGCCCACAAACCAGAGUCUACUGUUGGAAAGAUCAUCCAAAAUGUUUUUCCGUGUGGUGAACUUAAGAGAGUGGCAAGUGAUGGAAUUGAUCCAGCUAAUCUUCAUUGUGGUGAGAUGGCUUGUCUCUCAGGAUCUGCACCUGAUCUCCAGAUGGCUCCACCACACAAUGAGCAACAUCAUUCGCAGCUGUGGUAGACUAUACCAUAUAUUUACUGCACCAAACAGUACAUUAAUUCCUUUCUGUUGUUUUUCUCUGUCAGCUUUAGAGUACAGUGACAGUAGUGUAUUCUGCAAAGUUCAUUAUAUAUAGAGGCAGCAAAUCAAAACAAAACAAACAAAAAAAAUAUUUUUAAAACUUUUGAGAUGGGAAAAGCUUUCACACUAUUUUUAAAACACACACAUUAAAACAUUAUUGGUACUUAUUUAGUUUUCAUUAAUAGAUACAGAACAUUCAUUUCUACAGAGACCAUGUUAAUUGUAUUACAAAAUUCAUUCUGUAAGCAUACCAAUAUUAUGGCAAGCUAAAUGCCCAUUGCUUGUGAAAAUUAAUCUACCUGUGACUGUGGGCAGCUAAACAGGAACAUCCUGUUAGUGGGCAUGUUCAUAAUAAUGCUUUUUUGCAGUAUUAGAGAUGGCUUUAAUAAUAUUGUAAAUAAAACCAUGUAUAAAGUAUAGAAUCGGAAUGUAAGUGUCUCAAAUGAAAGUAAACAGAUGUUCAUUGCACUAUGGAUUUGAAGCAGUUUUGUUAAAUGAAUAUAUUUUAUAAUUGUUUUCAGUAAAAUCUGAAUCUCAUUCAGAACAAUGUUAAAUGAAAAUUUAUAAUUAUUGUAUUUGUUGCUUAUAUAGUAGUUGGGUGCUUAAACAUCUUUGCACUGUUCUACUUGAUUUGUCAAGUAGUAAAAAGUAAAAUGCUAAUCAUUAGUAGUAUCUUUCUUGUCAUUUAACAUUCCUGUUUGGACACUGCUAUUUAUUUGGUCAUUGUUAGUUGACUUGAGAAAAGAGGAAUAGGAUAAUUAAGCAUUAGUAAACUUUAAGCAUCAGGUUAACAAUACUUGAACUGCACAGCUAAUGUCAAAUAAAAUUAACAAUACCAGAUCUAUGGAGCAAUUUACUUUACCUACAUAUAACACACAGUUCAGUAAAAUUUAAAUUCUAUCAUCAUACAGAGUGGUUAAAUGGAAUGAGAUGAAAAGUGCCUUAUUCUGUAAUUUUUCUUUUAAUUUCUUUUAUGCUAGAAAAUCAUUUUUUAUUUUCAUGAAAAGGUUAUAUUUGGAAUUGUUCCAGAUUCAUUUAACAAGUGUAUAUUAAUUGUUGUUAACCAUAGAAAUAUAAAGCAGUUAACUUCAAUGAAGCUGGCACAUCAGUCAAGAUAUAUGCAGCUGUUGAAAUUAACGAUUUUAAUUUGUCAAGUAUAUUUACAUUAGUUUGCUGACAGUUACUGUAGUAUUUAUUAGUUUUACAAUUUCGAUUCAUGUUAAAUGAAAAUAUUACUGUGAGACUGAAAUUUGUACGUUUCAUGUAAAGAGAAAAGUGUACUGUAAAAAUAUUUAUACUUUUGCUUUUAAUUUUCAGAAAUAUGUUUCUUCACAGACUGUCUUUCCUAGAAAAUAUGGACUAAGCAGACAAUGCAGUACAGUUACCUAAAACAGUAGUUUGAGUAGACAGAUAUAUUCAUAAAAGGGAGUUUUUUUUUUUGUUUUUUU